AUGGCCUCUGAAAGCCAUCUCCAAAUCACCGAUCCUGAGGAUAGCCCAGCACCGGCUAUUCCACAACUAGAAUCAGCAGCUGCUGAAGAGAAUAGGAUGUUGCGUCUCCGCAUAUUGAAAAUGUGGGAUGCCUGGUCUAAUGCAUAUGCANAAGAUGACGAUUAUCGAGAAUUUUACUCUCUUUCCAAAGGGAAAGUCUCACGUAUAUUAUAUCUCCCAGAAGCUAGAGGGCGAGAGUGUUUUCCAUCAGAGGGAUGGAUCUGCACCGCGUCAUACACUAGAGAGGUAAACUUGUUGCAUCCUUUUUCUCGUACCCUAAUUCAACUUCCUCCACAACAGGCCUUAUUGGCUUUUGAUUGCGACAAUACAGAUGAUGGAUAUCCAUGCAUCGACCAAGCUGUGUUAUCUGCUAGUCCUUCUCUUACAUCGGAUUAUGUAUUAAUGGUUUCUUUUUAUGGAUAUAAAGAUUGUUUGGCUUUUUGGCGACCUGGAGAUCUUAACUGGACUAAUAUGAUAAUCGACAGAUCUAUAGUAAUGGGUGGAGUUGCCAGUCUCAAAUACUAUAAGGGUAAAUUUUAUGUUGUGUAUUACUCUGGUCAAGUUUGGGUUUAUGAUGUAACAAUUGGAGAGUCAUAUGAUUUUUUUCAGCUUGAGGAUGAUAUGUUUAAAUGGCUAUUAGUUCAGUUCUACCUAGUAGAAGUAUCAGGUGUACUAUUAUUGGUUAGCCGAGGUGCCUCAAAGGAUCCAAAUGGUGGUGCUGAGACCUUUAAAUUUAAAGUAUUUGAAUUAGAUGUAAUUGAAGGUGAAUUGAAGGAGAUUAAUAAGUUGGGAGAAUCAUCAAUUUUCGUGGGCCGUAAUGGAGCAAGUUCUAUUGAUGAUUGGACUUAUAUCUAUAGUAUAUUGGAAGGAGGGGGCGGAAGAGAUAUGGGGGCUUACGAUCUUGAAAGUGAAAAAAUUGAAUCUUUUUAUCCUGGAUUGUCACUAAGUCCUAUUUGCCCGCCAACUUGGGUUGCACCAUCGUUCUAG